CAUCCCAACUCCUCGACGCGUCUGAACCUGUACAAUGGCUGUAGUUGUCCACUGCCAGAACUCGUAUAUGCCGCGCUGCUCCAUGAAAGAUCUUGUCCUGCCUCCCAACUUCACGCUGCCCAGUCUCUCGCUCGUCAGGGAGCAAGCCGAACAAGCUCAAAAAGAUAUGCGCGACGCUCGCGAUCCUUUAUCCCCAGACUUUGUGGACGUACCUUCAGGGAUCAUGCGAGUCCGCCAUGCUUUGUACCUCGCACGACAGUUCUUGCACCUCUUCAAAUUUGCCGUAUACUGCCAUAUAGAUGAUAUUCCCGACGAUCUCUUGCCCGAGUGCAUCUGGGCAUGCGAACGCUUUGUUGAUGCUAUCAAUAUGUCUACGCUGGAGGGUGUCCAGGUUAUGACUCCAGAGUUGCUGCCAACGGGCAGUACAGACCAAGCCGGUAUGAAGGUGCCAGGUCCUGAUCUGCGCUACCUUCUCGUCCAAAAUACGCGCGAGAAGGCCCUUUGGAUGUAUUUGCAGCCAGAAGUGGACAAACCCGUCGAAAGUAUCCGACUCUACAACGCGAUGCAUAAAACGAACGAGGAGAUCCACAAGAUGACUCUGGAGGACCACCUGGCAGUCCCGGGGGCGCUGUACGCAUAUGCCACCGCCCUCGCUCGGGCGCGCACUGAUGACGGCGAGGCGAAGAAGUUGCUCCUCAGAGCCGCCAGCCCCGCAUCUGGCUUGGACGUGAGAUACACGGCGCAGUGUAAAGCAUAUCUCGCGCGAGUUCUGCGGCGGCUGGGAGAGGUAGAGGAGGCAAAGAAGCUGGAGAAGUGGUGCAUCAAUUGGUUCAAGAAGAACCCUUUCGGGGUGGACGACAGGACACUGAUAACCAUGUUCACGACGGACCUGGAUCCACGAACCGACCCUGUUUUACUGGGUCUUGGUGGCAGCAAAUGGCUCGAAGGUCGCAAGCAGACUCUCAAGACGCAGGACCGCCUCGGUCGGCUUUGUCGCAACUGCAAUAAAAGAGAACCGCAGGUCAAGCUCAUGCAAUGUUCCCGCUGCAAGCACAUGUACUAUUGCUCUCGAGAAUGCCAAGUCGCAAAUCACAAAUAUCAUAAGGACUUCUGCAAAGACAUGGCCAACAGUAUGGCACGCGCCGCCGAGCUCAAGGCCUCCGGAAAGACAGAAGAUGCACGUCGCGCUGAAAGAUGGACAGAAUUCCAGAAACUCAAUGGCCACCCCGCCGAUACCACACUGCUCGUCAGUGCGCUUGGAUUGCACCGCGAUCUGAGCCGCUCCCGCACGCACAUAGUUAUCCGCGCCGUCGAACACCAGCCGCGUGCCAAGCAUCCGUUCGACUACUUCAGGUUCACCUACGUCGGCGUCUUCAAAAUGGAGGACGUCUAUCCGGAAAUUGAGGGUGCCAUGGCCUUGAGACCGGGGGAAGGGAGGCAGUGGAUCGGGGAAAUGCUCGAAGAAUUCGACGCUACACAGACGGGGACCAAAUCGUUCUUCCCGAUAUUCCACUUGUCGUUCUCGCCAGAUCGCGAACACGUCCCGGCAUGGUUAGCUCAUGGUGGCAUGUCCAAAGGGGCCCUCGAUACACUGCCUUACGACCCUUAUUGGCGCCAGAAGAUCAACAGAUUGGGCAGCCCCCCUAAGCAAAUUGCCCCUCUAUUCGUGAGGAAGGGCAUUCAGGACGCAGAACACAUAUUUUAGGGUUCCUUGCAAUUGGGUGGAAACAGACGCUCAAGAGUUUUCUUGCUACUUCGUGGGAUCGGUGCCGUGUACGAGGGCUCCGGGGUUAUGCCAGACCCGGUGGCCUGUGGGAGCUCAGUUGCGAUCUUGGGAGCAUACAGGAAACGGCGUACCAGUCUGCGUGUCGUAUAAUACCUUGGGCGGGUUCUUCGCACCAACCUCGUCGGUCUGCUCCUUCGUCGUAAGGAGAUCGACCACCUCGCCAUACUGGCGCC